UCGUUACUUCAGCAGUCUGCGCGUCUGGCUCACUGCCAGAUCAGAUCAUUGUAAACUAAAAAUUACUUAUUCGGUCUGAGUGGUGCUGAUAAGCUUGAAUCUAAGUCGUAUUAUAUUUAUUUGUAAAUAACCAACAAAUUGAUUUAGUAUCGUCCAAUAUGAGCGUUAGUACUACCUUAAGGGUAGUCAUUUUCGCUUUGAUAAUAACCAUCACCUUGGCUAGCCCAACUACCACCCCCAAUGAUUCUACCUCAAAUGUUAAUUUCUUCAAAGCUUUGGAAAACUUUGGCGCCAAGCUGUACUCAAAAUUGGCAAAGAUAGGAACUGAUAAAAACAUCAUAUUUUCUCCCUUCUCAAUUGAGACCUGUCUGGCUAUGGUUCGCAUGGGUGCUGAAGGUCCAACAGCGGCUGAAAUCGACACUGGCUUAAAUAUGAAAUUUAACAAUCAGCAGGAUUUAGUCAACAACUUUCACAAAAUCCUCUCAAAAUACGAAAAUAGUAAUAUUCUGCAGAUGGCCAAUAAAAUGUACAUUAUGGAAGAUUUUGAGGUCCAGGAGACAUUGAAUAACUUGUUGGCGAACAAAUUUUUAACAUCGGCGGAAAACUUGAAUUUUACACAAAAUAUUAUGGCAGCACGGACAAUGAACUCAUGGGUGGCACAGAGAACGAAUAAUUUAAUUAAGAACCUCAUCACGGCCAAGGACUUGAAUGAAAAGACCCGCAUGGUGCUGUUGAAUGCAAUUUAUUUCAAGGGAGAAUGGGCCCAAGCUUUUCCCGAACAUGCCACCAGGCAACAAAAAUUCUAUGUGGACGAGGCGAACAGCGUUAAUGUGGAUAUGAUGCAUCUGAAGGGAAGGUUUUACUUUGGAGACAUAUCCAAAUUGGAUGCCACGGUUUUGCAAAUGCCCUACAAGAACUCAGAUCUUUCGAUGAUAGUAAUUUUGCCAAAUUCUCGUACAGGUUUGGGUGAAUUGAGAAGCAAAUUGAAAACGUUUUCUUUGAAAGAACUGAGAGAGGAAAUGUUUUCAACCACGGUAAUGGUGGAAAUGCCAAAGUUUAAAACUGAAUACGAAAUUGAAUUGAGUGACGUUUUGAAAAGGCUAGGCAUGGAACGUAUGUUUUCCAGGGAUGCAGAAUUUGGAAAAAUACUGAAAUCACCCGAAAACUUUGAAGUGUCAAAAAUCAUCCACAAGGCAUUUAUUGAAGUCAAUGAAAAGGGUACCGAAGCUGCAGCCGCAACAGGCGUAAUCGGUCUUGGUAUGAUGCGUGCUGCAGCUCCUGAAAUUAUUCAAAGAUUUAUUGUUGACCAUGGAUUUUUCUAUAUGAUUGUAAACUCGGACGGCAUAAUAUUCUUCCAAGGAUCACAAGCGAACAACAUUGCAAUUUGCAACGUCUCGAACUUUGCUUGCCAAAACGCUUUUGGAAAGUCAGGCAAGAUGUCGUGCCUGUGCAUCACAAUAACGGUAACUUUAAGUUUACUUGCAAUAGCUGUGGUAAUAACUGUACCCAUUCUAUUGACCAUACGUUCCCACGCGAAAGCAUCGAAUUCCUCGGAUAAUUUUGUACAUGUCAACGAUGUGAAACAGGAAUUUACCCGGGCAGAUUUUCUCAACAGUUUGUAUGUGUUUGGUGGAAAACUUUAUGGUGAACUGGCCACUGGAAAUCCCGGAAAAAGUAUUUUCUUUUCACCGUUCUCGAUACAAACUUGUCUCACAAUGACCCGUAUGGGGGCGGAGGGUCAGACCUCCGUGGAAAUGGAUGCCAAUUUAAAUACUGUGGGAAAAUACUUGGGAAGUGUAGCUGAUAAGUAUCAUGAACUGUUGGAAAAAUAUGCAAAUAACUCAGUACUCAAUGUGGCCAAUAAAAUCUAUGUCAUGGAAAAUUACAAAGUGAAAGAGGAUUUUAACAAAACAUUGAUCCAGAAUUUCCUUGCUUCCGUGGAAAACAUGGAUUUUACGAAAGGUGAAUUUGCUGCCUCUGCCAUAAACAAGUGGGUGGAGCAUAGCACGGGUGGGGCAAUUCGAAAUAUGGUCUCUCCCCAGAUGUUAAACUCGGAUAUGAGAAUAUUUUUGCUAAGUGCCAUACACUUUAAGGGUGAAUGGGAAUCAGAGUUCCACAAGGAGGCAACGAGUCCUCAAGAUUUUUUCUUGAAUAGGUCUAACAAGGCCUUAAAAAUUCCUAUGAUGUAUAAGAGAGAACUUUCAUAUUAUAAUAUAUUCCCGGAGUUGAAUAUGACAGCCUUGCGUUUACCUUAUAAAAACUCAGAUCUUUCUAUGCUUAUCCUCCUACCCGAUUCCAUGGAUGGUUUGGCUGAUUUGCAAGAGAGACUUAAACACAUUCCCUUUGAAAAUAUUACCAAUCAAAUGAUGGACCGCACCUAUGUUCAUAUUUAUUUGCCGAAAUUUAAGACAGAAUUCGAGGUGGAGUUAAAGGAUGUUCUUAUGAAGCUUGGCAUGAACAAAAUGUUUAAUUCUGGAGAAUUCGGACGAAUGUUAGACUCAGCCGAACCAAUGCAGAUAUCGAACGUAAUUCACAAGGCAUUCAUCGAAGUCGAUGAAAAGGGAACAGAAGCUGCGGCUGCAACGGGACUUACAAUAACGACACGAGAUGGUGGUGGUAUCCACUCGAUUAUGUUCAAUGCCGAUCAUCCGUUUUAUUACACCAUCAUUAAUGCCGACAACGUUCGUCUGUUCGAGGGGACAUUUGUGGGUUUUUAAUUUUAUAUGUA